CUAUCAUUUCAAUCCCGCAAGCAACCGAAAUCGAGUCCGUCGCGCAUACGUACACCGUCCUCCAACCCUCUCGCUCGUCGUAAAACCGCCCACGAUGGCGACUGCCGGACUCAAGACGAUAAUUGCGCUGUCGUUCGUACUCGCGAUCGGCUUCCUCCUCGUCAUCCUCUCGUGCGCGCUAUACAAAGUAUACUAUCCGUUACUCGUCGUGGCCACCUACGUGUUAGCACCCGUACCGAACUGGAUCGCCGUGCGCUGCUCAAACCCAGACGACUUCGUUGAAAGCACCGGAAAUGGCAUCUUGGACCUUGGUCGCUUCUGCACAGGUUUCAUGGUCGUUAUGGGGAUUGCCCUCCCCGCCGUCCUAGCACACGCAGCUCUGAUCAACACCGCCGCCAUGGUUAUGUGCAUCAUCGGAGGUCUGCUAAUCUACGGGACUAUCAUCUCGUUUGGCAUGUUCUUCCAAGAGGAGCAGGAAUUCUAAUCCAGAACGAGCUGAGCUCGUGUCCAAGGUCGAAGACGAUGUACGAGGGAGCGAGGAAGAAAUAGGAGGAAUGCGGAAGCAGUUUGUACUGUUGUAAUAUAUGCGUUACCGUGCGAAUUCAUCGGAGUGAAGGCAAGGGAACUAUUACUGCUACCAUCGGGUUGGCAUAGGUUGUUAUCUAUCGGAGCAUUAUCGAAUUUAUUUUAAGUGUCACGUGGCCUCUAUUUUAUCAACCUGUCGAGCGAUAUAUGUACGUGAACGGCUGUGGAAUUUCGAAUAUCAAUUAUGUGGACUGUUUAACCUUGAGAGGAAUGAUGAUGGCGCUGUAGGAGUACGGUAGCCCUCUUUAUCGCCAUUCGUGAUACUACAUAAACCCAACGCCAUACCCUUCAAGCCUAGUCUUAUUU